CCACCCAGCAUCAGGCUCGGCCUGGGGCCAGAGUCGCUGCCGCCACCACCACCACCGCAGCAGCAGCAGCAGCAACAGCCGCCACCACAGGCAGACGCUCUGCAGAGCUGGGGCCCGGGCUGGGGCCGAGGCCCCCAGCCUCCUGAAAUCAUGAGCCAGGGCAGCCCGGGGGACUGGGUUCCUGUUGACCCUACCCCCGGGCCCCCACCACCACCUAAUCCCUUCGUGCACGAGCUGCACCUCUCCCGCCUUCAGAGGGUCAAGUUCUGCCUGCUGGGGGCACUGCUGGCCCCCAUCCGAGUGCUGCUGGCCUUCCUUGUCCUCUUUCUCCUUUGGCCCUUUGCCUGGCUUCAAGUGGCUGGUCUCACGGAGGAGCAGCUGCAGGAGCCAAUCACAGGAUGGAGGAAGACAAUCUGUCACAGUGGAGUACUAGGCCUGAGUCGGCUACUCUUUUUCCUUCUGGGCUUCCUGCGAAUCCGGGUUCGAGGUCAUCGUGCCUCAUGCCUAGAAGCACCUGUCCUGGUUGCUGCUCCCCAUUCGACCUUCUUUGACCCCAUUGUUCUGUUGCCUUGUGACCUACCCAAGGUUGUAUCCCGAGCUGAGAACCUGUCUGUACCAGUCAUUGGAGCACUUCUUCGUUUCAACCAAGCCAUCCUAGUGUCCCGGCAUGACCCUGCUUCUCGAAGAAAGGUGGUAGAAGAGGUUCGAAGGCGGGCAACUUCAAAAGGCAAGUGGCCUCAGGUGCUGUUUUUUCCUGAGGGCACCUGCUCCAACAAGAAAGCCUUGCUCAAAUUCAAACCAGGAGCUUUCAUCGCAGGGGUGCCUGUGCAACCUGUCCUCAUCCGAUACCCCAACAGCCUGGACACUACAAGCUGGGCAUGGAGAGGCCCUGGAGUGCUCAAAGUUCUCUGGCUUACAGCCUCCCAGCCUUGUAGCCUCGUGGAUGUGGAGUUCCUCCCAGUGUAUCAGCCAAGCCCUGAAGAGAGCAGCAACCCCACUCUCUAUGCCAACAAUGUCCAGAGGGUCAUGGCACAGGCCUUGGGAAUUCCUGCCACAGAAUGUGAAUUUGUGGGGAACCUGCCCGUGACUGUGGUUGGCCAGCUCAAGGUGGCAUUGGAACCCCAGCUGUGGGAGCUGGGAAAAGUGAUUCGAAAGGCUGGUUUGUCCCCUGGUUGUGUGGAUGCCGGAGCAGAGCCAGGCCGGAGUCGCAUGGUCAGCAAAGAAGAGUUUGCCAAACAGCUGCAGCUCUCUGACCCUCACACUGUGGCUGGCGCCUUCGACUACUUCCAGCAGGAUUCCAGUGGUUCAGUGGAUUUCCGAGAUGUGGCUCUUGCACUGGCAGCCCUAGAUGGGGGCAGGAGCCUUGAAGAAUUGACUCGUCUAGCCUUUGAGCUCUUUGCUGAAGAAGAACCAGAGGGACCAGGCCGUUUGUUGUACAGAGAUGGCUUUGGCACCAUCCUGCAUCUGCUGCUGGGCUCACCCCGACCUUCGACUGCCACUCUGCAUGCCGAGCUGUGCCAGUCCACAUCUACCCAAGGCCUCUCCCUCUGCCAGUUCCAGAAUUUCUCCCUGCACGACCCACUCUAUGGAAAACUCUUCAGCACCUACCUACGCCCCCCAUAUACCCUUCGGGCCAACCCCAAAGCCCUAGAGGCCACAUCUCACGGUAUCCCUACCCCAACGUCCAAUGGGACUGUGAACACCUCCAAGCCGAAAAACGACUGAGAAUCCUGGCCCCCUCUACACCCCUUUAUUCCUAGCUCGAUCCCAGCCCCUCAGACUCAGGGCAGCACCGGGGGACUAGCCCAUGCCUCCAUCUCUGUUCAUGUGACUCCUGGUUUUGUUUUGUUUUUUUAAGUUGGUUUUGGUUUUUUUGUAAAAAACUAUUUUAUAUAU